CCUCUCCUCGCCACCAAAGCCACAGCUCGAGCGGUGCACAGGCACGGCUCGACGCAGCCGCUUUCCAUGAAGAAGACGCGCUCGAGGCCCAACGCGCUCGCGCCUCCGCCCUCUCGGUCUUGCUCUCCGGCCGCCGUGCAGCCGCCGUCAGCGAGCGGAGAUGACGUCUCCACCGUCGAGCCUGUCGGGAUGCGAACACGCUCCAAAUCGAGCCAGCGCCUACCUCCUCCACCGACGCCGCACAAGGAGGUUUGCUGGGCGAUACAGUUAGCUGAUACGGGCGAACAAGACAAUAAGGAAAGACAAGUUGUGGCUGCCAAGAUGAGGACGAGGACAGAAAAUAAGGAAAGACAAGUUGUGGCCGCCAAGAUGAGGACGAGGACGCAGCCAUCCAGGAAAGGAAAGAGAGCUGCAUCAGAAUGCUCAAAUGCGUUGGUGAUGAUCCCUCCUGAAAAUUUGGAUCGAGAAAGUCAAUCUUGCAUGCAACCCACACAUACCGAGCUACAUGGUACAAGGGGUCAGCGGUGCUCGAACAAAAGUAAGGUGCAAAAGGAAGCUCAAAGGAGAAGCAAAAGGCAAGAACCUAGUGGAAGGGAAAACCUGUGCAGAGCACUUGUUCCUGCACCGGUGGGAAAAAGCAUGAGAAGAAAGUCAAGGCCUUUGCGGGAGUGGCUUGGUGAAAGGUUUGUGUAUUCCGAUUUCCUGUCAGGCGCAAUAGGCAUUAAAUCAUAUUCUCGUGGUGAAGACGGCAAGGUUGCACUGAGAGUGGAAUCCUUCCUGCCCACAGAAUAUUCAGAUCGUGUAGCUAGGCUUGGAAUGUACUGA